AUGGAGAUUCAUUCGGGCCUAUCUCAGAGCCUCAAGGCUGGCCUCUCUCUUAGCACUAUCCUCUCCCUCGUUGGUGUGUGGAUUGCAUACCGAAUCGCUAUUGCAAUUUACAACAUCUCCCCGUUUCAUCCACUCGCUCGGUUCCCUGGUCCCAAGAUUGCAGCGGCGUCGUAUCUGUAUGAAGCCUAUUACGACUGGAUUCUCCUCGGUCGCUAUGGCAAGGUCAUUGCUCGCAUGCACGAGCAAUACGGACCCAUUGUCAGGAUCAACCCAGAUGAACUGCACUGCAACGACCCUGCCUUUACAGACGAAAUCUACGCGGGUCCUGGACGAGUUCGCGACAAAUGGCAACAUCAGCUGAACACUGGUGGUGCUGGGCCCGUCUCCGCUACGGGCUUCUCAACCGCCAACCAUGAAUUGCAUCGUGCACGCAAGGCGCCAUUGAGCAAGUUCUUCUCUCGCCAGCAGAUGCUCAAGCUGGAAGGCGAGGUGGGAGACUAUGCCCAGAUGACGGCCAACAAGAUGCUUGCGUCUGCCGGGAAGGGGGCUUUCGAUGUCAAGGAGGCCUUCAACUGCUUUACUGCAGACGUCAUAUCUCAGUACGCUUUCGGUGAACCUAUGGGCUUUGUUGCUCAGGAAGGUUGGGAGCCAAACCUGGCAACAUGGGUCAAGUCGUUCUUCAAAAGCGCCUACAUGAUGAGACAUAAUGCCAUUGGUCGCAAGAUGGCGCAGAUUAUGCCCUUCAUGGCCGACUACCUCGGUGAGGACAUCAAAGCUGUCAUGAAAGUAAUGAAUGUCACGAUCCCUGGAUAUAUCGAUGCCGCCCUGAGGAAUCCUGAAAAUGGACGUGUGUUCGCCGACAUGAUAAGCAACCCAAAGGAGCUCACGGCAGAAGAGAGGUUCCGAUUCAACGGAGAAGGCUUCAACUUUUUGCUCGCCGGGACAGAGACAACGGCUGCCGUCCUCACCGUCUUCACAUACUGGAAUCUCGCGAAGCCCGAGAUCUACCAACGUCUCCUGUCCGCAUUCGCAAGCAGUGGCAUCGACACCCAAAAGAUCAAGUGGGUCGAGCUAGAAAAAGUCCCCUACUUCUGGGCCGUGCUGCAAGAGUGCCUUCGCAUGAUGCCCGGCGUCUCCCACCGGUCCGCCAGAAUUGCUCGUGAGGAGGACUUGCACUACAGGAGCGCCGAUGGCAAGGUAGACUGGGUGAUUCCCCGAGGAACACCCAUUGGCAUGACUUCCAUGAUCAACCAUUGGAACGAAGAAUUCUUCCCCAACCCAGAUGACUUCCUGCCCGAGCGCUUCCUUCUCGAGGAUGGGCAGCCAAACUACCAGCUGUCCAAGAGGCUGAUUUCGUUUGGAAAGGGUAGUCGCAGCUGCAUUGGUGAGAACUUGGCAUACUGCGAGCUCUAUCUUAUGGGUGCUCACAUGGCCUUUUCCAUCCUCCCGAGAGCGAAACUUGUAGACACUACGGUGGAGGAUAUUUCCUAUGACCACGACUGUAUCGUCCUGCAGACCAAGAAGGGCUCGAUUGCGGUCCGCAUUGCUAUCGAGUAG